AUGUCUUUCACCAUGACCAUGUCAAUGUUUCUUUUCACCACUCUUGUUUUGAGCCUCUUCCAAAUUCCAAGUGCCCAUUUAAUCAACUUCCGGUCACCCAAUCUCUACCCCGAGUCUCUCUCAUGGGACCCAACAGCCCAACACUUGAUAGUUGGGUCCCUCCGCCACCCAACUCUCCUUUCUGUUUCCGAUGCCGGUGUCAUCAACACACUAGUCUCUGACAAUUCCAUUCCCACCAACUCCUCUUUCCUUGGAAUCACAGUAGACGUUGUCCACAACCGUAUCCUAGCGGUGGUCCACCCCCGUUCACAACCUUCCAACUGUGCCCUUGCCGCCUACAACUUACACAGCCCCCAUCACCGCCUCUUUCUCACCACCCUCCAUGACGCCGCCUCCACCAACUCCGCCUCCGGGGCCAACGACGUCACCGUUGAUUACUCCGGCAAUGCCUUCGUAACCAAUUCCGCUAGCAACUUCAUCUGGAAGGUUGAUCUUGAAGGUAAAGCUUCUAUUUUAUCUAAAUCCAACAUCUUCACAAAAACACCAGUUCCAGACUCGCCCUACAGCGCGUGUGGACUGAAUGGAAUUGCUUACUCUAGCCAAGGCUACCUCCUUGUUUCCCAGUCAAACACGGGAAACUUAUACAAAGUUGAUUCCACAGAUGGAACAGCGAGAAAGAUAGAAUUAAACCGGGAAUUGAAUGCCCCUGAUGGAAUUGCCAUCAGGAGUGAUGGCGUUCUGUUGGUGGUAUCACAAUACAAGCUAUACUUCAUCAAGAGUUCCAAUAGCUGGAGUGAUGGUGUGGUUUAUGACGAGAUUGUCCUUGAUACAGGGCGUUUCCCGACCUCGGUGACUGUAGGAGCGGAGGAUAGGGUUUAUGUGUUAUAUGGUAAUGUGAACGAGGGCAUGAUGGGAAAUUCACAAAGGGAUGAGUUUAGUAUAUUGAAGCUAAGGUUGGAGGACGAGAGUGGGGAUGAUGCAAUUUGGUUGUAUGUAUUGAUUGGGUUUGGUUUCGCGUAUUUUUUGGUUUGGAGAUUUCAGCUUUUUACAAACAUGGACAAGAAAAUUGCAUAA